ACCCCUUUAAGGAACAGUGUGAAAUACCCCAAAAACCCAGCCAAUCACCCCUUUAAGAAAACCCACACUGUCCCUGAUUGACAUGUUGAGAUGCCGCCGCCGUCAGCUGGCAUCGUCACAGAUUUAAUAGAUUCAUCCGGGUUUACAUUUAAGGCCCCCAGCUUUGUUCCUGAAGGAUUUUUGCAUCAGAUCAUCUCUACCAAGAUUUAAAUGUAGGCUACUUCAUGAAUAUUCAUAACUGCUCUAACGUAAGAAUAAAAGAGUGUACAAGAAAAUCCAUCACAUUCCAUCGCAGUACUGUGGUCCCUAUGUUUUCGUUCAAAAUGUUAAUUUAAGAUCCACAGCACCUUGUUUCAUUUACCGACAGUCUAGUUGGGAAACUGCAGACUUGGGAAAUAAACGUGUUCUCUUUUUUUCAUGAUAGGCAAGUCUGCUAAUUCUGUUGUCGCCCAUUAUCUAGUUAAUCAUGUAUUUGUUCCACCGCUGAUGUGGACAACGCUUCAUUAAAACACAACUCUGUAGUUUACACACACAAAAAUUCGGAACUGGUUUGUGAAAACGAGUGUGGAGACUCCGGAACCCGUUUAACAGGUAACUUCAAAUAGCCCAACCUUUCUCAUAAUCCCGCAGUUCGUCUUGCCACGAGCAUUUGAGAAACGCACAACCAACAUCAUGAUCUAUUUGUUAGUUGGGGUUGGAAUCGGAUUUGGGAUUUAUAUCUUCCUUGUCGAGACUCUCUUCAAAAGCUCAAAAUGCAAAGGAAACGCGGUGAUGGCAGGGAGGACGGUAAUUAUUACUGGUGGCAACACAGGCAUCGGCAAGGCCACAGCGAUGGAUCUGGCCAGGCGAGGGGCCAGGGUCAUCCUAGCCUGUCGUAAUCAAGUCAAAGCUGAAUCGGCUAUCAGCGACAUAAACAAGAGAACGGGGAGCACUGACGUGGUGUUCAUGCACUUGGACUUGGGGAGCCUACAGUCAGUGCGAGCAUUCGUUAAGACAUUCCUGAAGUCUGAGCCCAGACUGGAUCUUCUUAUUAACAACGCUGGCUUGGUGGCAGACGGCCGUACAGAGGAUGGUUUUGGUGUUGAGUUUGGGGUGAACCACCUGGGCCACUUCCUGCUGACCUGCCUUCUUCUGGAGCGUCUGAAGGAGGGGCCCCAUGCCCGUGUCAUCACCCUGGCCUCUAUGGCCUACCAGUGGGGCAGCAUUGACUUCGACAAGCUCCACACCAGCAAGGACCUGGGCUCUGGGAGGUACAGCUGGCAGUUCUUCGCUGCCUACUGCAACAGCAAACUGUGCAACGUUCUGUUCACUCAUGAGCUGGCCAGAAGGCUGAAGGGCUCCAGCGUUACGUGUUACAGCGUUCACCCAGGAGUGGUGAAGACAGAGCUGUCCCGUAACGUGAGCCUGUGGCAGAAGGUGUUCAUCGAGCCCAUCUCCACGCUGCUGUUCCUGGACCCUGAGGCUGGAGCUCAGACCACGCUGCACUGCGCCCUGCAGGAGGGGCUGGAGCCGCUGAGCGGAGGCUAUUUCUGCUGCUGCUCCCUCCAGGAGCUGAGCGGCCGCGGCCGGGACGACGCUGUGGCCAAGAAGCUGUGGGACGUGAGCGAGAGGUUGUGUGGCCUCUCUUAGGGAGGGAGCUGGGGUGCUCUGCGGACGAGUGUGGAUCCACUUUGCCCCGGUUCCUAUGUUCUGAGGUUAAUCUGAGGCUUUUGGUGUUGUUAAAACUGAGUUUGGAGUGAGAGAGCAGAAGUUGGUUUGCAUAUCAGGGGGAAAUGCCCAUUAUGUGACUGGACAGGUAAGGUAACAGGAAAAAAGGCAGCAAAUCUUUUCGGUCUUUAAAUUACUGGUGAUGGUGGCACUGACAACCACAGGUGGGUCCCACCUGUGUGAGGUCCUGUGUUGGUGACGAGUAUGUUAGGAGGGGGCCAGGGCGGGGACACAAACAGACUCAUAUUUAAAUGAGAAUCUCUUGUAGAGAUGUGUGGUUUUCCUUGUUAGAAAUAAAAUGUACAUAAUGGAU